ACCCUACUUUCUACUCGCACACGAGAAGUGUCUAUCCGCAACAUUUUCCGUUCCUUCCGUUCCUUCCGUCACUUCAUCCCUCCUUUCAACUUUUCGCUUUCCUCCCUUCCUACUCCAUACCAAUUUCUUCAUCCCACCCACAUCCACAGCCAUUAUUCCUUAGCGGCUCCCCAACUAUUCGGAUAUGCCACAUUAUAAGCUAUGAUUCGCGUCGUCGAGUUGAACCACGAACCACUGCAAUGGUGGGAUGAGAGGUCUAUGGAGACUUUUCGUUGGGGUUCUGGUGCGUUCCCAUCCUUUUUUACCCCUGUAGUGCUGCCCGCUCGAGAGCUAGACACCAACUUCCGCUACAGACCCCGAUUCUAGAUAGGUUCUUUGACCUAUUGAAGGACUUGGUCGAUUACCAUGGGCCUGGUGUUCGAGCCCAUGAAUGAAGCCAAAGGCGGAAUAUUUCCGCCAUGGUCACUCCAGAUGCUUCACCAGCCGCCAGCGGUGCGGCGGGGCAUUUUCGGCGAAGCACCAGCGGUGCUGUUUCCGCCGAUCGAGAAGCUGUCGAACAGCGGAUCGUUGGUGUCGGGAAAGAUUUCCCAUCACGCGCCGAGGGGCCUUGCGGUUCGAGUCGCGGUUGCAAACCGCUGCCCGGUCCUCGGCUGUUUCAGAAACGGCAUGUCUUACACCAAGCAUACGACUUUGCAGAGGCAUAUUUUUACUCACCAUGCCGAUCCCAAGGACCCCGAGGUCAAGAAGAAUUGUCGUAUGCAGUGGAGCAUACACGUUGCUGGAACGCCGCGUGGACCGGAGAUUGAAAAGCUGUUUGGCCCGUGGCCAUGUUGUUCUGUUCUUCGGCCGAAUAUGGAGUUUGACUCUACUUCCACGACUAGGCCGCAGAAGCGUGAGUCUGCAGAGUCGCGUAGUCUCAAGGAUAUCACAGAACAGGGGACCAAAUUCGACUACAAUCCGCUCAUCCAGCUGCGAUUGGUCGAACUAUGUGC